CAAGAACGCCAUAUUAUUCGAGGCGAUCAGUCUUAUCAUACAUAUGGACAGCGAACCGAACCUAUUAGUGCGCGCCUGCAACCAAUUGGGUCAGUUCCUGCAGCACAGGGAAACCAAUCUCAGAUAUCUGGCCCUCGAGAGUAUGUGUCUGUUGGCCACAUCCGAGUUCUCUCACGACGCCGUUAAGAAACAUCAGGACACUGUCAUCAAUGCACUCAAGACUGAACGAGACGUUAGUGUUAGACAGCGAGCUGUCGAUCUAUUGUACGCGAUGUGUGACAAAUCCAACUCCGAAGAGAUUGUGAGCGAAAUGUUGUCUUAUUUAGAGACCGCUGACUAUUCAAUACGAGAAGAGAUGGUGCUGAAAGUGGCCAUUUUGGCGGAGAAGUACGCGUCCGACUAUACC